AUGGCUAUUCUGGAGUCUACCUCGGGUGGCAUUGUCCACUGCCUGCCGCCAUCGUCAAAAUCCUGCGGUACCGAUGAGGCGAAGGCGGCGUUGACCUCAUCGGCAUUAUUGAAUCCAGUAUCCCCAUGUCUGGGAUAUACCAAAGCAUCAACUCACUCCACCAUGCCAUUACCCAAUAUGACCCGCAAUUUUAAGUUCUUCGUGAAGACGAAUGGGGACCGUCAAAUCGAGCGCGCAGAUAGGCUGGAGAUCCGACGGACCGUCAUGACAACAGCCAAGGAUCGCAAACUGGAGGGCGGCAAGGAAAGCCAACGCAGCGCAGAAGCGAUACUAAAGUCAAGGCAGUCCGAUCUGAAGCAGCGCUUCAGGGUGGAAAAGCCCGGCGAGCCACCGAAGACAAAAGCCGAUCGAAAACCGAAGAAGUCGCAGUUGAAGCAGAACCAGGAGAUCAAAUCAGAAUCAGAGGAUGGCCUGGAAGAGUUGUGCAAUUUCGGGCCGACCACUACUUAUGCGGAGCGAUCUGACCAGUCCUGUACCUCUACAACUGCAUCAACAAGGAAGCCUUCGACGAGCCAAUCGUACAGCAGCAGCCGUCCAAGCUCACCUGAGGAAUUGAGCCAGCAUUUGAUCAGGACGCUUUGGUCUAUCUUGCAGUUCAACCCGAAUCUGAACUACUGGUUCGAUCCGUUCGAUGUCCUACCCAUACCCGGAACUGCGCAGCUAGACAGAUUGCUCAAACUUUACAAAUCGGGUACUUCGAUUAACUCAAUAGCAGCAGACGCACGCCAAACUUGGCGGAUUGUUCUACACGAUAUAGGUCUCUUGCAUGCUACCUUGGCAACAUGGGCAUUGUAUGGUAGGAUGGUGCGUGGGAUGACCGAUCUCACGGUCGAUCAGUACAAGCACAAGGUUGAAGCGAUCAAGCAUCUGAAGGGAGAGGUUGCAAAAAAUGGGUUCAGUCAAUCAGAUGAAUGCGUUGCACUUGUUCUUAUACUUGUACACCUUGAGCAACUACACGGAGACUAUGAGGAGGCAAGUGUCCAUAUGAAUGCGUUGAAAGACAUAACCAAAGCUCGCGGCGGCAUUGAUUCUUUCCGGACUAAUGAUGGGCUCAUACGGGGUAUUGUAUGGGCCGACCUGCAUGAAGCGGCCGUUGCUCGUGCAAAACCAACGUUCCCAAGGAUCAUGCUAGAUCCCGAUAUGCAAGAGCUUCCUUUUCCUGCAAGGACUUAUUUCUCCGCAGGACCUCAGGCUCUCUUUCUACUUCCAGAAGGAUGGGUAUGGGUACUCAUUUUAGGUCGACUCAAGUCUCUCUGUUCAUGUUUUCCUGCGCCUGUGGCCAAUCAGUCCGGUCGCAUAAGCAUGAGCAACUUCCUCUAUCAUACUGUCUACUCGAUCGCCCAGGUACGCCCCGGUUCAGCCGAACAAACCGACAAUGAAAGCAAUCAUCAACCUCUGGACGGCGGAGUGGAUAUAAUACAGAGAGAACCAGAUGCUUCCGACCACGCCUCAAUACGUGACGCUCUUAUUGCAACGACGCAGAUACUUGUAUGUAUCGGCCUCCGCGACAUACCCAUCAAAGCAACUCUCAUCGGCAUUCACUUCGGGAGACUACGAGCGGCCUUGGACAGACCAGGUAUCUCAUGCAUUGAGACGUGGAUGGCCUCGCAACUCUUGCCACUGCUUUUAUGGGUACUAGUAGUCGCGUGUGUAGUACUGUCCGGCGAUGAACGAGAAUGGUGGAUGGACAACCUCGUUUCCGUCGCCGAGGAGCUUGGUGUUAGGGAUCAAUUGGACCUUCAGUGGCGUAUGGAAAACAUUGCUUGGCCCAAGCGAUUCUUCGGUGGUAAGAUCGAAGGGUUGUGGCGGGACAUGGACGUAUGCAUGGCACCCAAUAUAAAUAUCCUAUCUAUCGAGGAGCCAUACAAUUGGAGCAAUGGGGUGUGUCAAGGAGCCUUCUAA